AUGAGCUGGCCAACGGUACGCAACGUCCAGAAACUCAUCCUCCUUACUAUUCAAGUAGUGAGCAGUUUUGUUCCGAGACCGACCGCUCGCUCCAGAUUGCAGUGGACGACUCGAGCGACUGCCUCCUGCAGACUACUGUCGUCUACCGAAGGACCAAACAGAGAUGACCUACCAACUCCCAUAUACCACCACAUAGAUCUAUACAACGAAAACUCGUAUACCGACGACGUUGAGACAGUCUUGGGGCGUGUCGAUGGGUUUAUGAGACUGCUUGAGCAGCAGGAAGCCUGGCCACUUCUACACGAGAGUAAAAUCCGUGAUAGAAUUCAUAGCCAGCAUACACGAGAUUGCGAGGCAGCGUCUCUUAACUUGGCGCCCGAAUCGCCAGUCCUGCGCGACCAGCAAUGCAGUACUCGGUACGAAUGGAUUUUUUCUGGCACCAAAUCCUACCCGUUAGCGGCGCAAUCGUUAGAGCCAAUAUUGAAUACAACGGCUAUUUCUACAAUUCGCGAAGCCGCAGAAGCGCAUUGGGAAAAUCCGGCUUUCUGUACAUCCCGGUUCACCUAUCAGCGCCCAGGAAACUAUGAAGCCCACGUAACGGACUUGGGCGAGCGAGUUCGCUCGAUUGUCAACGAAACAUUGACAACUAGAAUUUACCCACUAAUUCGCGACGUGUUUUGGAAUGACCCAACCUGUUCGUUGGCUCCAGUUGAUCAACUUUGUGUGUACGACGCUCUCUACAUACGCUAUAAUUCCACACAAGCCAAGCUACUGGAUCACAUUGGUGCCGGGCAACCUUUGCACCGUGACUUGGGACUCAUUAGUAUCAAUAUUCGACUGAACAACGAUUUUGAAGGUGGUGGCACCUUUUUUGAAAAUCAGCUCCUCGACCGAAAGGAGUCCGAUCUCGAACCAGGAAUAACACCUCUGACACCUCUCGAGCGCGGCCACGUCCUAUUGCACAAAUCAUCGGAACGACAUGCUGGUGCCAGCACCGUAGAUGGAGUGCGAGACAUUCUCGUCUUUUUUGUAUCAGGAGUCUCCUGCGAGACAGGCUCCGGCAGUGGCUCGACAGUACCGAUGCCAAUUCAAUCCGCUAUUGCGAAACAGUCUCGUGGAUACUGCGACGACUGCUAUUCGAAUAAUCCACUACGGGCUAUCUUUUGUCGCAUCGCACAUCAACGCUACGCGGUUCGGGUUGCGCCUUCGGAUGGGGAAGCUUGGCAGUACUUGGGUACUGCCUUCAUGGAGUACGAUACCUACCUGGCAGUAAUGAAGGCUUCCGCCGGGCUUCGAGGGGCCGUACUCCAGACGGCGACACGAUGUCUACAGCUCGCCACGAGACUGACGCCGUGCGAUUCGCGUGUCUGGAACAACCUGGCUCUCACGCUGAACCGGCAAUGGAAAUUGAAAAGCGACGCGAGUUUGCUUAAUACCACGGAAAUGGCUUUUGCGACGGCUCACCAACUUCUGAAAAUGUCUCGAGAAAAGUGCGAUGUUGAGGGCGAAUUGGACAAUGUGAAUGUAAACUAUGGACUAUUUCUUUCCAAUCAAGACAGGUUUAUGGAGGCGGGGUGUAUUUUGGAAGGCACUGCACUGAAGAAGAUCAUAGAUCAAGAUUGCGGAAAAGCGGUUGAAGAUGCCUAUGAAUUGUGGAAGUUUUGUAGACAACAGCAAUAA